UUGAGUUUUGAUUGACUAAAUUGUUUCUCAUUCAUUCAUUCUUCUCUUAAACAAUACUUUUAGAGUGUGAAAAAUAUAUUAAUGGAACGUUACAAGAUAUUGAGGGAUAUUGGUUCAGGGAACUUUGGUGUGGCUAGGUUGGCCAAACACAUCAGCACAGGAGAGCUUGUUGCUAUCAAAUAUAUUGAAAGAGGAUAUAAGAUUGAUGAGAAUGUUCAAAGGGAGAUAAUUAACCAUCAAUCUUUAAGGCAUCCAAAUAUCAUCAGAUUCAAAGAGGUUUUUGUGACACCUACUCAUUUGGCUAUUGUUCUUGAGUAUGCUGCUGGUGGUGAACUUUUUGAUAGAAUAUGUUUGGCCGGUCGAUUUAGUGAAGAUGAGGCAAGAUAUUUCUUUCAACAACUAAUAUCUGGAGUUAGCUAUUGUCAUUCCAUGGAAAUUUGUCAUAGAGACUUGAAAUUGGAAAACACUCUAUUGGAUGGAAAUCCAAUUCCUCAGCUUAAAAUUUGUGACUUUGGUUUCUCCAAGUCUGCUAUACUCCACUCUCAACCUAAAUCAACAGUUGGAACACCUGCAUACAUUGCACCUGAGAUUUUGUCUAGAAAGGAGUAUGAUGGAAAGAUGGCAGAUGUAUGGUCAUGUGGUGUAACUCUUUAUGUUAUGCUAGUUGGAUCAUAUCCAUUUGAAGACCCAGAUGAUCCCAGAAAUUUUAGAAAGAAUAUUGCGAAAAUAAUGAAUGUUGAAUACUCUAUACCUGAUUAUAUACGUGUAUCACCAGACUGUAGUCAACUUUUAUCUCGUAUUUUUGUUGUCGAUCCAACUAAGAGGAUUACAGUGUUAGAGAUAAAACAACACCCUUGGUUUUUGAAGAACAUGCCUAGAGAAGUGGUGGAGAAUGAUAGAAAAUGUAGCAAGAAAUCAGAAAAAGAAGAAAUAACAAGUCAAAGUGUGGAUGAAAUUAUGGGAAUUGUACGAGAAGCAAUGAUUCCAUGUUCAAUAGAUGCUGAUGAUGUCGAUGAGAUUGAAGAGAAGGUUGACCACAGUGGUGAUUGUGUGUGACCAAUUUAUGUGGUCAUUGAAUGUUUACAAAUAUUAUUAGUAUUAUUAUUGUUAUUAUUAUGUGGUAAUUCUACAUAUAUUUUGGACAUAAAUAAAUUAU